AUGGAACAAAACUUUAUCCUAUCAGAAUUAUCCGCCCCUAAGACUAUAAUAAAUAGUUUUCAAUAUGGAGACAAAGGUAUGCUUAUUGUUCAAAGGGAGUCAAUCAGAGUUUGUAGAGAUAUUCAGAGAAAUGAGUUUUAUGGGGACUCUGAUGCGACUAUGACCACUGGAUACAAUGUUGGUGCUUAUUUAUUCCACGAAUUAUCAAAUAGUACACAAUAUCUAUUCCUAUUAAAAGAGACAGGUGCAAUAGAAGUCCUAGAUAGUCGAUUUAAAACGGUAGAUUUACUUGACACUGGCAUCAAACCAACUUCGAAGAAUUAUUUCUUCUUUUUUUCUUUAGACACAAACAUUUUAUACAUCAAUCUGGAAGGUACUAAAAUUCAUAAACUACCUUACUCCACCAAACGUGAAACCUUUUCUUUCAUUCAUACAAAUACAACUGCCAAAGUGAUAUAUACGUUUCCUCAUGAUAUCAUAAAUAUGCAACCUUAUAAGGACAUAAAUCCAGAUGGGGAAGAAUGUACAAUGAUUGCAGUACUGAUGGAAGAUGUUGAAGCCAAUAAUAUAUUCUUUGAAGUAAUUGGAGAGAAAGGCAGGAGGCCGUAUAAUAUAGAAUGGUCAUCGAUUAUCAAUUAUACAGAAAUUGCUACAGAUUCCUUAAAAAGCAAUACGUCGUAUAGAUCCCAAAUAUGUUCUAAGACCGCAACACUAGCAGUGGUUGACUUUGUUGGAUCGUUUGUUUUUACAUCUUUGAACUCACACUUUUUUAUCUCGUCAAAUUAUACUUUACAUCACGUCGAUGGCAUAAACGUGCCACGGUUGUACAUAGGACCGGGGCUUGAUCUCACAACUACGUCGGUCACUGAAAGUCGUGAUCCUUUGACAUUUUUCAAAGAAGUCGUUGUAGUAGAAGACUUCAGUGGUAUACUAUUUAAGAUCAUAUCUUCUAACGUUAGUCUCAUAGAAAUAAAGCUUACUCUAAUCCAUUUCGAUGAGGAGCAAUUGAUAAGGCACUGGAAAGGUUUUACAAUAAAGCAACAACCAUUGCUACUGGAAAGGGAGAAUUUGAAUGAAGAACGUCCAGUGGAACCGUUUCAGCUUUCAAAUAUAUUUUCCUUAGCUAAUACAUCACUGCUCCUUUCUUGUUUUCCUGGGAAUUUGUUCGUAAUAGAUGUGAAUGAUUUGACUCAACAUAGCCACUCUGGGAUAGAUUAUUCUUCUGUGAUAUAUUCUAAUUUUAUUGGUCAAGAUAUUACUAAAAAAGUGUCUACCGGUACUGCAAGUCCUAGUUAUUAUAGGGGAUUUAUCACCACAUAUUUUGAUGGUAUAUUAACGGAAAAAACUUUCAUCUAUGAUUUACAAACUAGCAUUAGAAACUUUUGGUACAGUAAAAGUGGUGAUAUAUGGUGGAUAACAGAAGAAGACGAUGAUCUCUUUUGUAAUAACGAGUUGAUCGAGAAGCAAUCAAAUACGAUACAAGUAACCUAUAAUGGGGAAAUGGUAAGAGAUCAUCAAAUUGUAUGCUCGGUUCCAACUAUUAAUGAUGAGGGCAAUUUUUGCUCUAUAACGAAAGAUGGACAUAUUUCGUGGAAUGAUGAAACAGAGAGGGUGAAGAUACCUAACUUUAAAGAUAAUUUAUUAGUUCGAUAUCUUUUGGGAUGUACUAAGAGAAAAGAUGGGUCAAAGGUCAGCAUUAUAUCUUUUGAGAAUAAACUCCUGUUGGUUGAAGAUAUGAAAAUUACGAGGGCGCCAAAAAAUUUGAAGAAGGAACUAAAUGUUACGAUAUCUGAUAUAUUCUUCUACAGUGACGUUGAUACUGAAUAUCUUUUUGUAGCUGAUAUCGAUGGGCGCAUACUUGUUUUUAAUCCAAAGAACAACGCUAUGUUAGAUGUGUGCAAGCUAGAUAACAAGAGAUUAAAAUUUUGUUACCUUGGUGAGAGCAAUUUGGUCGUGUAUUCGAUAGACAAUGCAUUCCGAUUGAAAAUAUCAUCAUCUGAAAUAUUGAUGAAUAUAAUCGAGUUACCAUUUUUCAUUCAUAAGCUUGCCAAGAGAAACUCUUCUUCAUUUAUCCUCCUUAAUGAAAAUAACUCUCUGUAUGAUGUUACUGUGGAUAACGAAGUCACUUCCUUGAAAAGAAGCAUGAUAUUACCGUCUACGAUCAUUACAAAAUUCGUCACAUUAUCAUGCUCGUCAAGGUAUACAAUAGGGAUUUGUCAAAGAUACAGUAAACCUGACGACGGUCACCUCAGCAGGGCAAAUUUAUCAGAUUUAUGUAUUUUUGACACAAACAAUUUAGAUAUUCCAAUAAAGUAUAUGGAUCUUCCAUUAAAAUAUCCAGGAACAAUCAUAUCUGAUCUAACAGCGAUCACUUUCAAAGAGGAUAAAUCUGGUCAGUUUAUGACGUUUACUAACGAAAGAAUAGACUUUGCGAAGCAAGUCGCUUUUGAUAAAUUACUGAUGAUAUCUCUAGAUUAUUCAGCCACGGAUCAAGAAGACUCAUCUCCCAACCUUUUGUUGUUUUCUUUGGAUGAGAUGACAGGGGAUUUACAAUUCCAUUAUGGGGUCAACACAAGGCGGCGAAUUGAUCGGUUACUUAACUAUUACAAUAGAUCUAUUUUAAUUGGUGGAGAAUGUUUGGAAUUUUAUCAAAUUGAUUAUCUGUUAAAAGAGAACAUUUUCCUCAUCGAGUUAGUUUCUAAUAAAUUUGAAAUAGGAGGGCCCAUUCUGGAAAUGACGUUACCACCCAUUACUUUAGUUUAUCAUAAAGAUAUUAAAAAUAUUAAAACAAAGAAAAGGAAAACAGUAGUAGAGGAAGACACAUUGUUAGUAUUAAAUAUAUUCAAAGGGAUCCAGCAAUUGAAACUAACCAUUGAAGAGAACGACCACAAGGGACCUUUGAGGAUACAAAUUUCCCCCGUUUUAAGUUCCAAAGAAUUAAGUCUAUUAAAAAACAUACAAACCCAUGAUAUGAUCUUUGCGGUGGCAAUGGUAGAGACGUCAGAUAUGGUGGUGUUUGCAGUUUGUGUGAAUGGUAAGGAAUUACAGUUAUAUUAUCGUUCAAAUAAUCCAUACCCUGAAGAAGAAGAAGCAGAAGAAGAAGGAGAGAACGCAUACUCUUAUAUAGAAAUUUUACUUCCGAUGCCAAUAAUCCAAUUAGAAUCAUUGAGAAUAACUCCGAGGAAAAACCAAGGGCUCAUCCAAAGACCAAAGUUAGAUAACUAUUUCAUGAUCACUACUCAAGAUAGUGGUAGUUAUAUAUUGGGGAGUGUCACUGAUGAAGGUAUGUUAAGUGAACAGAAGUUCGAACUAAAAAAUAGAGAAAAGAAAAUGGUUGAACAAUAUAAAUACAUUGGCUUAUUGAAUAAAGAUGAUGAAGGUACUGCUGAUUUAGAUCUAACAUUUAUCGAUGAUAGACUACUAUCUGCUUGCCGAAAGAAAUAA